AUGCAUGCACGACGACGCGCGCCAGUGCCCCCAAGGUUUCACGGAGGCUGCGAACAGAUCACAAAGGAUACAGAGCACCAGCCGAACGGCAAGGCUUCCACAACCGCAAGCCCGCAAGGUCGAGAUGCCGCCGCUCGUGGGCUCGUAUCCGUGGGUCCGCAGGGACCCCUUUCCGGCCCCGGGCUGCCGUCCGUCCCGCCCGCUCGCUGUCUCUUUGUUUGUUUCAACCCCUUCUUACGCAUAGCGGGCGGCGUCUUUCAUCGUAUUCCACGCGGCUCGUGA